AUGAUCGGGCAAGUCUGUGCCGCGGUUUGCACCGUCUUUUCUCUUGCCUAUUCUGCCUACUACGUGACCCAGCUGACUCGUCACCUGACACGCGGAUGGAGACGAGCCUGUCCUUUGGGCUCAACAGCAGGGUCAGCGGCUCCUCUGGCUCCCUCUGUUACUGAGGAAGAGGCUGAAGAGGAGCAAAGGAACAUCAAGCCUCCAGCUGUUGUUCCUCCACAGCCUGAACGUGCAGAGCCACUCAACACCCGCUCUGCAAUUCAGCCUGGUGCCGCCGGAGCAGCAUGGCCUGCAGCAGCCAGCUGGCCCCCCGCUGCUGGCACUUCAUCCAGCGGCGCAGCCCAGCAGCCCGAGACGAGAGAGGAGCAGGGCCCGAAGACACUGAGUACGGGGUUUGGAGCUGUUUAUAAAGCCCUUGACACCAGCAGCGGACAACAGGUGGCCAUCAAGAUGAUGUCGCUUGGGGAGGAGAUGUCCGAGGAGCUGGCUGCCAUUGAAAUCCUGGCCAUGAGGGACAACAGGCAUCGCAAUAUCGUCUCCUACUUUGACAGCUACCUGGUGGAUGCAGAGCUUUGGCUGGCCAUGGAGUUCAUGGACGGCGGCACCUUGUUUGAUGUGCUCCGGGCAGUGUACCUGGAGGAAGGACAGAUAGGCGCUGUCUGUCGGGAGUGCCUGCAAGGACUGCAUUUCCUUCAUUGCCGCCAAGUCAUCCACAGAGACAUCAAAAGCGGCAACGUUCUUGUGGGCAUGGAUGGAUCCGUCAAGUUGGCUGACUUUGGCCUCUGUGCUCAGCUCAGUCCUGAGCGCAGCAAGCGCAGCUCCCGCGUCGGCACUCCCAGCUGGAUGGCACCGGAGGUGGUGAGAGGAGAAGCCUACGGCCCCAAAGUGGACAUCUGGUCCCUGGGGAUCAUGGGGCUGGAAAUGGUGGAAGGGGAAGCUCCUUACCAGCGGGAAGCCCGUCUCAGGGUUUUUGAACUGAUAGAAAGGAACGGGCCCCCAAAACUGCAGAACCCCAAGCACCACUCGGCUCCCCUGCGUGACUUUCUCCGCUGCUGCCUGCAGGCAGACGAGGACAGGCGCUGGUCUGCCCAGGAACUCCUGCAGCAUCCCUUUGUGACCUCAGGCCAUCCUGCCUCCAGCCUGGCUGCUCUGAUCACCUCAGCCAAGCAAGUGCAGGAAGAUUGGAGAGGAGACGCCUGCGCCUGA